AUGAAAAGCGCAUUGUAGAACAAAAAGUCGCUGAAAGCUCACCUAAACGGCUAAACCCCAAUAAAACCCUAGAUUGGAAUCCCCAAUUGCCCCCUUCCCUCUGCACUCUGCUUCCUUCUUUCCUUAACCCACACAACACGCACUCAAUACACGCAGAAUGGGACCGAGGCCGCGGAAGGAGAACGGCUCCGGCAAGCCCAAGAAUGAAAAGGCCGAGAAAAAGGUGCAGAAACUGAAAGAGAAAAACGUGGAAGAAAAUCUGAAAAGAAUUGAAGAAGCAGAGGCAGCAGCUGAAAGUUCCGAAGAUUCCCCGUUCCUUUCGGACUCUGGAGAGGAUGAUGACGAGAGUCUAUCUGAGGACAAUGGCUCAAUAAGCGAAUCUGGAUCCGAGCAAAGUAAACUCUCGGAGGAUGAGGAUGUUGUGCGAGCAGGUGAUGGUGGUAAUCCUACUGGUGCUAGUGAUGAUGAUACUGACCAUUCGAGUGGAGACAGUCUUGGAGAAGGUGAUGAUAAUGAUGAUUAUCAUGGUGAAGACAGCCAUGGUGGAAGUGAUGACUCCCGUGAAGUAGUUGAGGAGAGUGAUUCAUCUGAAGAUGAGGUUGCACCUCGUAACACCAUUGGAAAUGUUCCUUUGGAAUGGUACAAGGAUGAGGAACAUAUUGGAUAUGAUUUAUCUGGAAAGAAGAUCAAGAAAAAGGAAAGACAGAGUAAGCUGGAUUCUUUUCUUGCAAGUGUUGAUGACUCAAAGAAUUGGCGUAAGAUAUAUGAUGAGUAUAAUGAUGAGGAAGUGGAAUUGACGAAAGAAGAGACCAAACUUAUUCGCAGACUACUGAAAGGAAAGGCACCCCAUGCUGAUUUCGAUCCAUAUGCUCCUUAUGUUGAUUGGUUUGCUUGGGAUGGUGCUAAGCAUCCCCUCUCUAAUGCACCAGAACCAAAGAGACGCUUCAUUCCUUCAAAGUGGGAGAGUAAAAUGGUUCUUCGAUAUGUCCGGGCCAUCAGGAAGGGGCUGAUUAAAUUUGAUGAUAAACCCAAGGAAGAGCCUCGAUUUUAUGCGCUGUGGGAUGAUUCCACCCCCGCAGAAAGACAGGGGUUGGCAUAUAUUCCUGCACCAAAACCUAAAUUGCCAGGUCAUGAGGAGUCUUACAAUCCUUCUCCAGAAUACAUCCCAACGCAAGAAGAAAUAAAUUCUUACCAGCUCAUGUUUGAGGAAGACCGACCUAAAUUCAUUCCAAAACAGCACACGUCCUUGAGAAGUGUUCCUGCAUAUGAGAAAGCUGUUCGAGAAACUUUUGAUCGGUGUUUGGACCUCUAUCUAUGCCCAAGAGUUCGGAAAAAGCGUAUUAAUAUUGAUCCUGAGUCCUUGAAACCCAAGCUGCCUAGCCGUAAAGAUCUUAAACCAUAUCCAACCACUUGUUAUCUCGAGUACAAAGGCCAUAAGGGUCCCGUCACUACCAUCUGUACAGAAUCGACAGGGCAAUGGAUUGCUUCUGGUUCUAAAGAUGGAACUGUUCGCAUUUGGGAAGUCGAAACUGGAAGAUGUCUCCAGGUCUGGGAUAUAGGUGAAACCAUCGAGGAAGUUGCAUGGAAUCCUCUGACGGAGUUUCCUAUCUUAGCUGUCGCAGCGGGCCAAGAUGUGUUUAUCUUGGACACUGGAUGUGGAAGUCAUGAACAACAGAAAAAGAUUGAAGAGCUACUCCAUGUUGAACCCCAAAAGGCAACAGAUGAUUCCGAUAUAAGUGCGUCUAUUGUCAACUGGGUUCGAGAUGAUAGGCAUGGUGGAAUCAGAUUGAAGCAUUUUAAGACUGUAACUAAAGUGGAAUGGCAUCGGAAAGGAGACUAUCUCUCAACACUUAUGCCAUCUGGUGAAUCGCAAUCAGUAUUGAUUCACCAACUCUCCAAAGGACUUACUCAGCGAAUUCCAUUCAAGACAAAAGGAAUUCCUGUUUCUACUGCUUUCCAUCCCACUCGUUCCAUAUUCUUCACUGCAACAAAGAAAGAUGUUCGUGUCUAUGAUUUGUUAAAGCAGAAGCUUAUCAAAAAGCUUGAAGCUGGAGUCCGUGAAAUCUCUUCCGUAGCUAUCCACCCUGGUGGUGAUAAUGCCAUUGUUGGAAGCAAAGAUGGAAAAUUGUGUUGGUUUGACAUGGACCUUUCAUCUCGACCUUACAGAGUCCUCAGGUGUCAUCCGAAGGACAUUACUGGCGUAGCCUACCAUCGCUCCUACCCUUUAUUUGCCUCUUGCUCUGAUGAUUGCACGGCUUAUGUUUUUCAUGGCAUGGUUUAUUCGGAUAUGAAUCAGAAUCCGUUGAUUGUUCCUUUGGAGAUUCUUCGAGGGCAUUCCAGUGCUGAUGGAAGAGGAGUUUUGGACUGUAAGUUCCAUCCAAGGCAACCUUGGUUGUUUACUGCAGGUGCUGAUUCUUUGAUCAAGCUCUAUUGUCAUUAAGUUCUUCAUACUUGAAGGGCAUUCCUACACUGUCAGCUUUAUAGAAGGCCUUGAAGAUUAGUCAAUUUCUGUCAGGAGGUGGGUGGGCAAUCCGGGUUUCUUCCAUCUUCCCUUCGUACAGAUUUGCAUCACAAAGAAUUAUCAGUUAUCUGGUUGUAGGAUAAAGUAGCCAAAAUUUUGUUUUUAUCGAGCUACAUUAUUUUGAAGUCUCAUGCCAUUUUCGGUUUUUAUUAUACACGUUGUUCCAGUUGUAUAACAUCUGAUGUGCUUUUCAGUGGAGUUAUCCCUGUUCUACAUUGUUAAUUAACUAGCUGGAAUAACCCUCUCCCCGAACAUGUGCAAACUUUGUAAUUUAGCAGGCAUUCCUUAAAGAUAUGUGAUCUUUACAAAAUGUUUACCAUGAACC